CGAGGAGGACGGCCCGACGUGUCCCUGAGCCCCGUGGAGGGGACACCGGCCUCGGGGACAGAGCACAACACCGCACCAGGACGGGCCCCGCGAUCGGAGAGCUCCGGGGGGAGCGGAGCCCCCGGCAGCCCGGGGACGCGGCGGCGGCGCUGUCUGCCGUCCCAGCGGAGACCGUCUGCGGUUUGCUCAGGAGAUGGGGGCCGGGCAGCAGACACCUCGUUAGCAGAGCUGUUAGGGAAGGUGCAAAGCUCGUCACCCCCGCGGGCGCGGGGGGGGCUGCACCGAGCGCGGGGACAGCGCCGGAGUCGGGCGGCGCCGGAGCCAGACUGCUCCGAGGGGGCGGUUUGCUUUGGGGCUGUAGCACCCAGCGAGGGGAAGGCUGCAAUUACGUUAAUCCCUUAAACCCUGAUUGCCUCCUCCUUCCCCAUUAGGCGAGCAAACACGCGGAGCAGCGGGGGGCCGCGGGGGCCGCGGGUUACAAAUAGGCAGCGCCCACCGGGAGCCCCCCAGUGCCACCGCCGCCAGCGCCAUGCAGCCGUUCCCGGCGCUCCUCUGCCUCCUCGCCGCGCUCCUGCCCGCCGCCGCCGCGCAUCUCUGGGCCUGGAUGUACGCGCUGCCCCAGCACCCGCCCGACAGAGCCGCGCUGGGCAGAAGCGCCGGUCCGGGGGGCAGCGAGGAGGAGGUGACACCGUGCGGCCCCACCACCCCCUGUGCCCACGGACACUUCUGCGACGAACACUUCGGGCUGUGCCUGCCCACGCGCCCCGCCGGGCAGUACUGCCGCCGCGACACCCACUGCGCCCACGGCCUCCUCUGCACCUUCGGGAAGUGCCAGCAGCCCGUGCCCGACGGGCAGGAGGGAGCACGGUGCCAGCGGGACGAGGACUGCGGGGUGGGCAGCUGCUGCGCGCGGCGGCACGGCGAGUUACUGUGCCAGCAGCGGCUGGAGCUGGGGCAGAGCUGCCACGUGCCCCCCGGGGGUCUGGCCUUCAGCAUCAACCAGGUGUGCCCCUGCCAGGCUGGGCUGGUGUGCCGAGCAUCGCCCCCACCACGAGAGAAAGCAUUCGAGUAUUGGCCGGAGAAGAGCGAGUGGAGGUGCCGGCAGCCCUGAGCCAGCAGCGCUGUAUUUAUUCCCUGUAAAUAGCAUGUACAGCCCCACUGCACCCCAAAGCAGGACGUGUUCCCUCCCCAGGAGCCGGGCAGGUCCCGGCCACCCCCAACCCCCUCCAGGAGAGGCUGCGGUCACUGCAGAGCCGA